AUGGAGCUUCGCCAGACAAGGAAGAUGACAGCUCAGGGAUCUCAACAGUUUGAGGAAAGUGUUCUAAACUUUACAUCAAAGUUAUCUACGAUUAAACGAGAUAUUGACCGUAUUAUUUCUGAGUCAGAACAUGUUGUAGACCUUGCACAAAGUCAACAGAUUAUUGACAGUGUACAAAAACUUUUGGAAAAGUAUGAAGUUCUUAGUAACAAUUAUGAAGCAUUUUUGAAAGGUCACAGAACUGUAGAAAGUGCAAAUGAAGAGUCCUCACACAGACUAAUUCGUUCAUCCUUGCAUGCCAAGACUACUGCUUUUAUUGAACAGUUACAGUCUGCACUGCCGAAGAUGGAAUCAUCCAUGGCACCGUCAUUUGUUCCCUCACACAUAUCGGGAAGAUCAGGAUCAAGUCACCUCACCGCUGUCUGGAUGCAGCAUUCUGCAAAUGUUGAGAAAGCGAAGGCCCGUUUGAAGUAUGCUGCUGAAGAAGCUGAGCUCAUUAGGCAAGAGGCUGCUCUGAAAGCCAGUAGAAACUUAUUGACGGUUAAGCGUGAGCUUGAAGAAGCUGAAUCCGGAUUGAGUGCUAUUCGUAAAGUGUUAGACUUCUCUCAGUCAACGUCAAGAUCGAUGGAAAGUGAGCAUGGCAGCUACAAACCCUCUUUGUCAUCCAAGUUCCAUGUGCUUCGUUACAUGCAGGAGAACAACAAUGAUCGUACUCCUCCUCCAGAAGCUCCUGCUGAAGUGAACAUUCGUAUGUGUGAGAACAACGAAGCUUUCCCACAGGAAGCAAGGCAAACCCCACCGUCUUUGCGCACACCAGAAAAUAAGAUUAAUGAACUGAAUCCAAGUGCUGUUCCGUUUACUCCUAAGCAAACUUCAACUGAAGCUGCUGACUUAGCAAAAUUAGUUGCCAAGAACCAGUUACUGCCUAGGAGACUCUGGAACUUUAAUGAUGAUCCUGGUAGAUACCUGACUUGGAAAUACAGUUUCAUGAAUGUCAUGAGUGAAAUCAGUGCAACAACACUUGAGCACUUGGACCUGUUAGUGAAUCAUCUUGGACCAGAAUCUAGAAUUCAAGCUGAAAAUAUUCGAGCAACAAAUUCACGGAACCCAGAGAAAGCUGUCAAGAAUAUAUGGGAACGCCUAGACCGUGAAUAUGGGAGUGCGGAAACUAUUGAACUGUCACUUAAGCAGCGCAUAGACAAUUUUGUGGCUCUCACAGAUAGCGAUCGCAAGAAAUUCCUUGACUUGUCCGAUUUAGCUGCAGAAGUGGAAUCAGUGAAGUGUGAUCAUGUAUUUGGCACAGCAUUUUCAUAUUAUGACACGUCCAGUGGCAUCAACGAGUUUGUACGUAAACUGCCAAAGCGUUUCCGGGAAAAGUGGGCUUCAGAAUGUGACAGAUAUAAGAUGAACAAUUAUGUUUCACAAGUACCAUUCUCUGUGUUUACAAAAUUUCUGAGAGAUCUCGCGCGUGUGCGUAAUGAUCCAAGUCUUAUGUUUGAGACUUCCUCUACAAACACUGGCCAUGGAAACACACAGCCAGCUCAGCAGAGGAGUAAGACCGGACUACGCAACUCCUAUCGUCAAACAAGUGUGUCAACUAGGAAGACGGACAUUACAACAGAUUUGAAUUCCAGCAUUGUUAAAAUGAGUUGCCCCAUUCAUGGAACUAAUUCUAGUCAUUCACUUAAGGACUGUAUGAAAUUCCGCGGAAAAUCAUUAAAGGAGCGCAAGGAUUUCCUUUACAAGAAUGGUUACUGUCUGAAAUGUUGUGGUUCAAGGCGUCAUCUUCGGAAGAAUUGUAGAGAGAGUGUGAAAUGUGACACUUGUGGAUCUGCAGAUCAUGUUACGAUCCUUCACCCUGAGCCUGAGUCUCGAAAGAGUAAUGAAGGGGAGCAGUCUCGAGCGAGUCAUGAGGGGGAGCAGUCUCGAGUGAGUCAUGAGGGGGAGAAACUCCAGUUAAGUACCUACUGUACUAAAGUAUGUGGCACUCAGUACAGCACCAGCAAAUCGUGUGCAAAGAUCCUACCAGUAUAUGUGUACCCUGUUGGUGAGGAACAUCGUGCACGCAAGGUGUACUGCAUGAUAGAUGACCAGAGUAACAAAUCGUUGGCCACAUCAGCCUUCUUUGAUGCCUUUGGGGAGUGUGGUAGAGAGACUGAAUAUAUUCUUUCUUCGUGCUCAGGAAAAUCUGUUUCAUCAGGACGCAGGGCAUCUGGAUAUGUUGUCAAGUCAGUUGAUGGAUCAUGUACGUUAAGUUUACCCUAUGUGAUAGAAUGUAAUGACAUUCCAAACAACCGGCAUGAAAUACCGUCUCCAGCAGUGGCAGAUAACUACACACACCUUCAUGACAUUGCACCCUUCAUACCAGAUAUUGAUGACGUUUCUGGAAUUGAACUCCUGAUCGGAAGGGAUCUAGUUACUGCACACCACGUGUUGGAUCAGCGUGUUGGAGAAGAGGGACUUCCUUAUGGCCAGAAGUUACCCCUAGGUUGGGUUAUCAUCGGAGAUGUAUGUCUGGGCAAAGUGCAUCAACCAGAGGUGAUAAGUGUCAAUAAGACUUCAGUUCUCAUGAAUGGAAGAUCCACGCAUUUACUGCCCUGUGAAAAUGAAUUCCUUGUGGAAGAGGAGCCUAUCUUCCAACGCAUACCAGGGGACGAGAAACCAGGGUUAUCAAUUGAAGAUCGUAAGUUCCUAGACAUCAUGGACGCUGGUUUCCAAAGAACUUCUGAUGGUCAAUGGCAGGCACCGUUACCUUUCCGUGAUUGUAGACCAGUCUUACCUGAUAACAAGUCACUUGCCCUUAGAAGAGCCAGAUCAUUAGACAUUAGCUUGAGAUGUAACAACCUCAAACGUGAACAAGUUAGAGAAUUCAUGGAGAGACUAUUCAUGAACCGUCAUGCUGAGUUGGCACCUGGGUUACCUUUGUCAUUGGAGCGAUGGUACUUACCUAUGUUUGCGGUGUAUCAUCCCAAGAAACCAGAUAAUGUGCGAAUAGUAUUUGACUCAUCCGCCAAGUUCCAGAAUGUUUCCUUAAACAGUGUCUUGCUUCAAGGUCCAGACUUGUGUAACAGCCUGCUUGGUGUCUUGCUUAGAUUCCGAAGAGAAAAGAUAGCAGUCACCAUGGAUGUUGAGCAGAUGUUUCACAAUUUCAAAGUUCCAGAAGACCAGCGUCGUUACUUGCGCUUUCUGUGGCACUUGGACAAUGACUUGGAUCAGCCAUUAGUGGACUUUCAGAUGACUGUUCAUGUAUUUGGCAACCGUCCUUCACCGGCCGUUGCAACAUUUGGUCUCAGGAAGGUAGUCGAGGGAUCGUCAGAAGAUAUAAGAGAUUUGGUGUGUAACAACUUCUACGUUGAUGAUGGUCUUCUAUCCAGUACAACAGAAGAGGAGGCCAUUAGUCUUGUGCACCGAACCAAGAAAGCAUUACAAGAUGGAGGAAACAUCCGACUUCACAAAUUUUCCUCCAACAGUAGGAAAGUAUUAGAUUCAUUUGCUCCAUAUGACCUGGCAAAGAACUUGAAAAACCUCAACUUUGGAUCAACUAACCUCCCAAUACAACGGAGUUUGGGUUUGUUAUGGAACACAGAGAUGGAUGAAUUUACCUUUGAAGUUAACCCAGUGGAGAAAGCAUACACAAGACGUGGACUGUUAUCUACCAUAAACAGUGUAUAUGACCCAGUUGGUUUUGCUCAGCCUGUCGUUAUCAGAGGCAAGUUAUUGUUACGCCAAAUGAUGUCCGUGACAACGAAUACAGACUGGGAUGAUCCGUUGCCUGCAUUCCUACAUGACGAGUGGUCAUCAUGGGUUGAUUCUCUGAGUCAACUGGAAAACUUUUGUGUGCCAAGGAGUUACAACAGUUCAUUUGUAAACUCAACCAGACGUGAGGUACUUGUAUUCUGUGAUGCGUCCAAGGACAUUAUUGCUGCGGUAGCAUAUCUCAAACUUCAGGACAAUGACACAUCAAGUACCAGCUUCCUGCUUGGAAAGGCCAAGGUCGCCCCAGUCCAUGGGCACACUAUUCCACGGCUUGAGUUGUGUGCAGCGGUAUUAGCAACAGAAAUUGCUGAGUUUGUUAGAGAUCAGCUGAAAAUUCCAGCAGAGGACUUUCAUUUCUUCUCAGACAGUCAGAUAGUACUUGGCUAUAUCUCGAAUGAAAGUCGCAGAUUUUAUGUCUAUGUUGGGAACAGGGUGGCACGUAUUCGUCUGUUUAGUAAACCUUCCCAAUGGAGAUUUGUUCAGUCUGAGCUUAAUCCAGCUGAUGUUGCUACCAGGCUUGUACACCCUUCUACUCUUCAAGAUUCGAGCUGGAUAUGUGGACCAAACAGUUUGUUCAGCACUCCUAUUGGAGACUUUGAAUUAGUGGAUCCAGAGCAUGAUACCCAGAUUCGCCCAGAGGUGACCAGCAGCAAGACUGACACAAUAGACGUCAAACAGUCAAUUCAAGAGGCAAAGCCAUCAACUUGUCAGACAGAAGUGUUUUCUGAAAGGUUCGCUAGAUUUUCUAGAUGGGACAUGCUUGUACGUGCAGUUGCCCGCUUAAAGUUCAUGACUAGACAGUUUCAAAAAAACAAAGACAACUUACCUGAUAGUCCCAGUGACCCAGAACUCUUGAAGGAGAGUGAGCGUUCUAUUCUAGCAUCUGUCCAGAGAGACGUGUUCAGUACAGAAUUUCGUUGUAUAGAGGAUGGCAAAGACAUUCCCAGUACUAGUACAAUCAGACCUUUAUGCCCAAGAAUGGGCGCAGAUGGGCUGCUACAUGUUGGUGGACGAUUGAACAAUGUGUCGUUGAUGUGCUAA